AUGGGUAAGUCUAACAAAAGAUCUAGAGCGUCUAAGGCGCGUUUGAACCCCAUUGGCUCCGGUAGAGGUGAGCAAUUGAAGGAUAAUGGGCUGGUGAAGAAGAAGCUGCAGCCAUUGCUGGAGAAGCUUCAUAGCGCAGUACCCAAUGAUAGAGCUAUGGCGUUGGGAUCCAUUACUGUUUUAUGCGAGGACCCGUACAUGCGGAAGCUGUUGCUUAAGGAAAGGCUGGUUCAGACAGUAUUGAGUAAACUGCUGAACGACAAUAACACGGAUAUUGUUGUGGAAUCGUUUGGAUUGCUGAGAAAUAUCUCGUUGGAGGAAGGAUAUGACGUGUCGACACAGCUGUGGCGGGCUGACAUCUGGAUCAGUAUAGACCAGGGUUUUUCCAAGCUGCUGGAGUCGCUCUCGGCGUUGCAGAGCGCUCAAGGUCAAGCUGCGAAAAACUCUAGCGAGUCGAGAAGGUUGCUGUUUGACUAUGCCGACAAUUUGCUGUCGCUGGUGGUGGCCUUGGCUAACGGCUCAGAUGACAUUCUGCGGCAGGUGCUGGAUCGUGCGAAGCUCGAGCGUUUGUUCGAGGUCAUCAUCGGCUUGCUGCAGUAUGGAAUUGCAAAACUGCCUCUGGCUGUGCUUAACACCGUUCUCGAUCUUCUCUACGAUUUCAGUUCGGAAUCUUUCCAGUUCAUCGAAGCUGUAGCGGGAAAUGAAUAUCUGGCAAUAUUCGUAAGAAGCCUUCCGGAUCAGAUGAAUACUCCAGGCUUCAACGAGCUGACCAAGGUGUUAAUUCAGGGUGUGUACCUGCAAUUCCUGGAUAUGGAUAUCACAUUUCAGCAGGCAAACGAUAUCAUUCACGCGGUUUGCAAUUCGAUAAAGGAUAUUGAUCUUGAACAGGUCAACAAAGACCUAUCGGCUGUGUGCCACGAUGAGGAGCUCGUUAAGACUAAAGAUUCGCAAGUCGCACAAAAGAUAAAACAUUACACAGCUGCUCGCAGUAACGCCAUGAUGAAACUGCAGAGCAUAGAAAUCUCGAUCGACCUCAUUACCGCUAUCAUCGAAAUGAUUGCUUCUCUGUCAGAGGAAAAGAAAGGACCACUGCCCAACCCGCUCCGGGAGACGCUAAUGGUUUAUCUGCCUCAGGUAUUUGAUAAAUUGGGCGGAGAAUUCACCUCACGUAUUCUCAUUGCAUGGAAUAACUUGCUAUGGCUCUACCUGACGCUGGAAAUCAAUUUUUUCAAGCUGGAAGGUGAACCUUAUAAGAACUUAUGGGAAUUCAUUCAUUCCGUGAAAGAAGAAGAAAUCGACCUCAAGUUGGGAAAAUUGAGCGUCGUUUGGGCGCUUUUAAAAACGGUUACCAUGCAAUCAGAACCUAACGGUUGGCUCUCGACUUUGCAGUUAAGCAAUGAUAUGGACUUUGUCAACUCCACAAUAGAGAGCUACAACAAGGACAUGAGCAGCAGCAAUAUUACUCGUGAAGAUGCAAUUGAGCUGGGUCAAAGGUAUUGCGGCGUCCUGUCGACCUAUGCUACAUUCCAGCAACAAAUUCAAAUCAACGAAGUCAUCGGUAAGUUCAUAUUGGAACAGCUAUGCUCAACAAACCUGCCGGCGGUGCUACUGGCUGAUUACACCAAUUCAUUGUUUGAAAUUUACGGCGACGAAAACUUUGACUAUAACCAACCGGUCUUUGUGCAGAACAACUUCCUGGAUAUACUGCAGACCAAAGUAGUACCCAACCUGAGGACUCAAUUCAAGCUUGUGGAUAAGAACAAGGAUCCGCGGACCAAGGAAAGAUGUACCGAAACCUUCAACACCUUGGACAGCUUCAUCCAAUACAAGAAAAAUGAAUAG